GCGGGGCUCCGGCCGCAGCCAUGGAGCAGCGGCUGCGUGCGCUGGAGCGGCUGGCGCGGAGCGAGGCCGGCGGCGGCCCGGGACUCGACGGCCUCCUGGAUCUGCUGCUGGGGCUGCACCACGAGCUCAGCUGCGCCCCCCUGCGGCGAGAGCGCAACGUGGCGCAGUUCCUGAGCUGGGCCAGCCCCUUCGUAACAAAGGUGAAGGAACUGCGGCUGCGGAGAGAUGACUUUGAGAUCUUGAAGGUGAUCGGCCGAGGGGCCUUCGGGGAGGUUGCCGUGGUGAGGCAGAGGGACAGUGGGCAGAUUUUUGCCAUGAAAAUGCUACACAAAUGGGAGAUGCUUAAGAGGGCCGAGACAGCCUGUUUCCGGGAGGAGCGGGACGUUCUGGUGAAGGGGGACAGCCGCUGGGUGACGGCUCUGCAUUAUGCCUUCCAAGAUGAGGAGUACCUGUACCUGGUGAUGGACUACUACGCCGGUGGGGACCUCCUCACUCUCCUGAGCCGCUUCGAGGACCGCCUCCCGCCCGAGCUGGCCCAGUUCUACCUGGCCGAGAUGGUGCUGGCCAUCCACUCUCUGCACCAACUGGGUUACGUCCACAGGGAUGUCAAGCCGGAUAAUGUCCUGCUAGACAUGAAUGGGCACAUCCGCCUGGCUGACUUUGGCUCCUGCCUACGUCUCAACAACAGCGGCAUGGUGGACUCGUCGGUGGCAGUGGGGACGCCCGAUUACAUCUCCCCUGAGAUCCUACAGGCCAUGGAGGAGGGCAAGGGCCACUAUGGCCCACAGUGUGACUGGUGGUCGCUGGGUGUCUGUGCCUAUGAGCUGCUCUUCGGGGAGACGCCCUUCUACGCUGAAUCCUUGGUGGAAACCUACGGCAAGAUCAUGAACCAUGAGGACCACCUGCAGUUCCCCCCAGAUGUGCCUGAUGUGCCAGCCAGCGCCCAAGACCUGAUCCGCCAGCUGCUGUGCCGCCAGGAGGAGCGUCUGGGUCGCGGAGGACUGGACGACUUCCGGAACCACCCCUUCUUCGAAGGCGUGGACUGGGAGCGGCUGGCGACCAGCACCGCCCCCUAUAUCCCUGAGCUGCGCGGGCCCCUGGACACCUCCAACUUCGACGUGGAUGAUGACACCCUCAACCAUCCGGUGACUGUGCCUGUUGACUCAGAGACUUUCUCAGGCCACCACCUACCAUUUGUGGGCUUCACCUACACCUCUGGCAGUCCAGGCCCUGAAAGCAGCUCUGAGCAGCUGGCUGCCCUGGAGCGGAAGCUCCGUUGUCUAGAGCAGGAGAAGACGGAGUUGAACCGGAAGCUUCAAGAGGCCCUGCAGAUCUCCUCAGACCAUCGGGAGCUGGAGCAGCUACAGAAGGAAGUGCAGACUCUACGAGACAGGCUGUCAGAGACGCUGAUGGCCAGCAAGGCCCCCUUGUCCCUGACAGAUGGUCCUCCUGCUGGUAGCCUAGGCCAGGACAGUGAUCUACAACAGGAGAGAGACCGACUCCUCCAGGAGCUGGCUGAGGCUCAGGCAGGGCUGCGGGCUCAGGAGAAGGAGCUACGUAGAGCCCAGGGGAGGCAGGAGGAGCUGCUCCAAAGGCUGCAGGAGGCCCAGGAGAGAGAAGUGGCCACAGCCAGCCAGACCCAGGCCCUGAGCUCCCAGCUGGAAGAAGCCCAGGCUGCUCAGAGGGAGCUGGAGAGCCAGGUGGCCACCCUGAGCCGGGAGGUGACACAGCUUCAGAGACAGCAGGAGCAGAACCUCGAGAAAGAGUCUCCCUGGGCCGAGACCGUCCACUCUGCUUCUGAGACCAAUGGUACAGGAUUGCCUGAGGGUGGGCCCCAGGAAGCCCAGCUGCGGAAGGAGGUGGCAGCCCUGCGUGUACAGCUGGAGCAGGCCCGUGGCCAUGGGCUCAGUGGGAAGGAGGAGGCCCUGUGCCGGCUCCAGGAGGAGAACCGGCGGCUGAGCCAAGAGCAAGAGCGGCUGGUGGAAGAACUGGAGCGGGAGCAGCAGAGCCGGCAGCAGCUGGAAGGCGAGCGGCAGGAGACCGAAGGCAACUGGGAGGCGCAGAUAACGGACAUCCUCGGCUGGGUGAAUGAUGAGAAGGUCUCAAGAGGCUACCUGCAGGCCCUGGCCACCAAGAUGGCCGAAGAGCUAGAGUCCUUGAGGAACGCGGGCACCCAGAUGCUCCCUGCCCGGCCACUGGACCACCAAUGGAAGGCAAGGCGGCUGCAGAAGAUGGAGGCCUCAGCCAGGCUGGAGCUUCAGUCGGCGCUGGAGGCCGAGAUCCGGGCCAAGCAGGGACUGCAGGAGCAGUUGACACAGGUGCAGGAGGCCCAGCUGCAGGCUGAGAGCCGUCUGCAGGAGGCUGAGAAGCAGAAUCAGGGCCUGCAGCAGGAGCUGGCUGCACUUCGGGAGGAGCUGCGGGCCCGUGGGCCGGGAGACAAGCCCUCAAACUCUCUGAUUCCCUUCCUGUCUCUCCGGAGCUUAGAGCCCGGUCCCCAGAAGGAUGCCUCCAAGGACCCUGGCAUCUCAGGAGAGGCCCCGAGGCCUGGGGUAGAGCCACAGCUGAGGCCAGAGGGCCGCCGCAGCCUGCGCCUGGGGGCUGUGUUCCCCAGAGCACCUGCUGCUCCCACAGAAGGUCCUCCUGCAAAGCCCGGCUCACACACGUUGCGCCCCCGGAGCUUCCCAUCCCCCACCAAGUGCCUGCGCUGCACCUCGCUGAUGCUGGGCCUGAGCCGCCAGGGCCUGGGCUGUGAUGCCUGUAGCUACUACUGUCACUCAACUUGUGCCUCACAGGCCCCACCCUGCCCUGUGCCCCCUGACCGCCUCUGCACAGCCUUGGGAGUACACCCCGAAACAGGCACAGGCACUGCCUACGAGGGCUUCCUGUCGGUGCCGCGGCCCUCAGGCGUCCGGCGGGGCUGGCAGCGGGUAUUUGCCGCCCUCAGUGACUCUCGCCUGCUGCUGUUUGAUGCUCCAGACCCUCGGCUCAGCCCGGCCAGUGGGGCCCUCCUGCAGGCACUGGAUCUGAGGGAUCCCCAGUUCUCAGCCACCCCUGUUCUGGCCUCUGAUGUUAUCCACGCCCAGUCCAAGGACCUACCACGCAUCUUCAGGGUGACGGCCUCCCAGCUGACAGUGCCGCCUGUCACGUGCACUGUGCUGCUGCUGGCAGAGAGCGAGGGUGAGCGGGAGCGCUGGCUGCAGGUGCUGGGUGAGCUGCAGCAGCUGCUACUGGAUGCGCGGCCAAGGCCCCGGCCUGUGUACACGCUCAAGGAGGCCUACGACAACGGGCUGCCGCUGCUGCCCCACACGCUCUGUGCCGCCAUCAUUGACCAAGACCGGCUUGCUCUGGGCACAGAGGAGGGGCUGUUUGUGAUCCACCUACACAGCAAUGACAUUUUCCAGGUGGGCGAGUGCCGGCGGGUGCAGCGGCUGGCGGUGAGCGCCACCGCGGGCCUUCUGGCCGUGCUGUGUGGGCGUGGCCCCAGCGUGCGCCUCUUCGCUCUGGCGGAGCUGGAGAACGCGGAGGUGGCAGGCGCCAAGAUCGCUGAGUCUCGGGGCUGCCAGGCACUGGCAGCCGGACGCAUCCUGCAGGCGCGUACCCCUGUGCUCUGUAUAGCUGUCAAACGCCAGGUGCUCUGCUACCAGCUGGGUCCAGGCCCGGGGCCCUGGCAGCGCCGCAUUCGUGAGCUGCAGGCACCAGCACCUGUGCAGAGUCUGGAGCUGCUAGGCGAUCGGCUAUGCGUGGGUGCAGCUGGUGCCUUCGCGCUCUACCCACUGCUCAACGAGGCCGUGCCCUUAGCGCUGGGAGCCGGUCUGGUACCUGAAGAGCUGCCACCAUCCCGUGGGGGCCUGGGAGAGGCACUGGGUGCCGUGGAGCUCAGCCUUAGUGAGUUCCUGCUGCUCUUCACCACUGCUGGAGUCUACGUGGACAGCACUGGCCGCAAGUCUCGCAUCCCUGAGCUGCUAUGGCCCGCAGUGCCCACAGGCUGGGGUUAUACAGCUCCCUACCUGACAGUGUUCAGUGAGAACUCCAUCGAUGUAUUUGAUGUGAGGAAAGCAGAAUGGGUCCAGACGGUACCACUCAAGAAGGUGCGACCCCUGAACCCAGAGGGCUCCCUAUUCCUCUAUGGCACCGAGAAGAUCCGCCUGACCUACCUCAGGAACCCGCUGGCAGAGAAGGACGAGUUCGACAUCCCCGACCUCACUGACAACAGCCGGCGCCAGCUGUUCCGCACCAAGAGCAAGCGCCACUUCUUUUUCCGCGUGUCGGAGGAGCAGCGGCAGCAGCAGCGCAGGGAGAUGCUGAAGGACCCCAUUGUGCGCUCCAAGCUCAUCUCACCGCCCACAAACUUCAACCACCUGGUGCACGUGGGCCCUAAGGACGCGAGGCCCAGUGCCAGGGACCAGCCCCCGGCUUCUGAAGGGAAAGGCCGAGGUGCCCGCGGCUCUGGCCCACAGCGGCCUCACAGCUUCUCGGAGGCUCCGCGGCGCCCAGCCUCCAUGGGCAGCGACGGGAACGUGGACCCCAUGAAGAGGAAGCCUUGGACAUCUCUGUCCAGCGAGUCCGUGUCCUGCCCCCAGGGAUCUCUGAGUCCCACAGCCUCCCUGAUGCAGGUCUCAGAAAGGCCCCGGAGCCUCCCCCUAGCCCCUGAAUCGGAGAGCUCCCCUUGACACCUUCCGGCAGGGCCCACCCAAACCCCAGGACUGAGAGACAUGAGGGAGCAAAGAUCCUGAGGAAUGCCAUACGCCGGCUGGUCCGGGACAUGCGGAAAUUUGGACUCAGGGAGAACCUGGGCUGGGCUGGGCUGGGCUGGGCUGGGCAGCGACCUGGCGGCUGGCCUAGGUUCCCAGGGGAACCUGACUCCCAGCCCUCGUCCCAUCUUUCCCCUCUGCUCCUAGCGCAACGUGUGCUAGCCACUGGGAACAGAAUGGGACCCUCCCGCCCCAGGGGCCCCACUGUCCUGGUGUCCAGGGGCGAUUGUGCCAAAGCUGUCAUUCCCAGGGCCAAGCCAAGCCCCAGGAGGCUUGCAAGCGAGACUUGGGAUGAGGGAGGAAGAAGCGCCAGGCCCCUUGGGGCAGUCUGGGAUCUUGGCUGCAGGCCGUCUAGCCCCCAAUGAGGCCAAAUCGGGGCAUAUCCCAGUUUCUGCUCAGGGUUAGGUUGGGAAGGACAGGCUCCGAUCCAGAGGGAGGGAAGAUAAAGAAGCAGAGGACAGGAUGUAGGUGAAGGAGGUGAGAGAGGCAAGUCCGAGGAAAGGAAGCGGAGGAGGAGGCGAUAGUGCCUGGAAGGCAGAGAAAGCCAUCCAGACGAGACAGAGGGAUAAAGGAGGGGCAAGGAAGAGGAGAGGGGUGGAGGGGGGAAGAAACCGGAGAAAUAUAUACUGUGGGUCCUUUCCCUCUGGCGAGGAGCUUGUUGGGUUUGGGAACAGGGAGGGGCUCCAUGAGCCAACUGACAUUGUCAUCCAAUCCGUCCAGAGGAGAAGAGAAUUCCUAGACAGGGAUGGGAUGGGGAGGGUAUUUAUAAGGGCUACUUGGUGGGAGAUGGGUACCCAACAGGGCCACUGGAGGUCUCCAGGCACACUCUGGCCCUUCCCAGAAAUGGGGAGGUAGGGUCCUUUUCUCAAAGCUUCAACCAACUAUGUAUUAGGGGAUCAUAGGGGACAUUUUAUUAUUGAUCACAGUUAUUAUUAUUGUUAUUAUAUUACUAUUUUUAUUAAACCUCCCCCUACUGAUAAGUGGGGGGCAAACUAAGUAUUUAUCUCCUCAAAUGCCCUAUUUCUGGGAGGGGUCAACCUCGACACUCUGCAAGGCAGUAAGAAACCAAUAAAGACAACUUCGUAAGCUA